UCAGAUUUUGUUGAUUCUACCUGGGAGCCGACGGGACGCACUUUAACGUUGAGUCUCUCAGUAGUCCGAUCAGUUUCCACUCUGUCGUUAGAUAUUAAUGCUAAAAGAGUGAAGCAGCUGAUGAAUAAUUAACCGGACAAACAACUGAAGCGGCAUUUUACAGAAGAGCUGACAUGGAGAGCUGAGCCAAGCAGGAGCGGAGUUCGCCGACUGUCCCGAGACAAAAAGGCGCCUACAGGUGUUUUUUGUUUUUGUGCUAUUUCAUUCGACCUGGAGCCCUUGCGCUGUAAUCAUGCUCGGUGCGGAGAGCAGACUGGAAAGCCGGUUGAACAAGCUGGAGUCCCUGAUGAGGAACCCGCAGUCGGGACUGAACUUGGAAACCCUGCUGGAUUCCAUGAAUGCGCUGGCUCAUGAUUUGAACUAUCCGGCCCUGCGGAAAAACAAAAAUAUCGAGGCCUUUCUGAUUCGAUAUGAAAAAACGGCGAGUCAGCUGCGAGACCUGCAGGUGAAGCUGGACGACUUUGACAAAGUGAAGUUGAUCGGGAGAGGAGCCUACGGGGAAGUGCACCUGGUCCGCCACAGGGCCUCGGAGAAGGUUUACGCCAUGAAGCAGCUCACCAAGUUUGAGAUGAUCAAGCGGUCAGACUCCGCCUUCUUCUGGGAGGAGAGGCACAUCAUGGCCUUUUCCAACAGUCCUUGGAUCGUCCAGCUGUGCUGUGCUUUCCAAGACGACCGCCACCUGUACAUGGUGAUGGAGUACAUGCCCGGAGGCGACCUGGUCACGCUCACCAUGAACUACGACAUGCCGGAGAAGUGGGCUCGCUUCUACAUCGCUGAGGUCGUGCUUGCGCUGAACACCAUCCACUCCAUGGGCUUCAUCCAUCGGGACAUCAAACCCGACAACAUGCUGCUGGACCAGCACGGUCACCUCAAAUUAGCCGAUUUUGGCACAUGCAUGAAGAUGGACUCGACGGGCAUGGUGCAUUGUGACACGGCUGUCGGCACGCCGGACUACAUCUCCCCUGAGGUGCUUCAGUCUCAGGGUGGUGAUGGGUACUACGGCCGGGAGUGCGACUGGUGGUCCGUAGGAGUCUUUAUCUAUGAGUUGCUGGUCGGUGAAACUCCCUUCUAUACCGAGUCCCUGGUUGGGACUUACGGGAAGAUCAUGAACCACAAGAACACGCUCAUCUUCCCAGAUGACGUGGAGAUGUCUCAGGCUGCCAAAGACCUCAUCUGUGCUUUUCUUACUGACAGGCAGGUUCGUCUGGGCCGCACUGGAGUGGAUGAGAUCAAAUGCCACCCUUUCUUCAAGAACGACCAGUGGACCUUUGAGAACAUCCGAGAGACUGUAGCUCCAGUUGUGCCGGAGCUGAGCGGUGACAUAGACACCAGUAACUUUGACGACAUAGAGGAGGAUAAAGGAGAUGCUGAGACCUUUCCUCCACCCAAAGCCUUUGUGGGCAACCAGCUACCAUUCAUCGGCUUCACUUACUUCAAGGAGGACCAGCUGCUGAAGGGAAGUAACAACCGCUCUGUGGAGGAGAAUAAGGAAAAGUCUGAGGAGAAGGAGAAUUGCUCAGAGAGUAAGGAAGAGCUACAGAACAAGCUUCAUCAGCUGGAGGAGCAGGUCGACCAUGAGAUGCAGGCCAAAGACGAGUUGGAUCACAAGUGCAAAAAUGCCACCAACCGUUUAGACAAGCUGGUCAAAGAAUUAGACCAGGAGAUGAGUAGCAGGCAGAAAGUGGAGGCCUCCCUGAGGCAGCUGGAGAGAGAGAGAGCUCUCCUGCAGCACCAGAGCGCCGAGAACCUGCGCAAGGUGGAGAUUGAAUCCGACAGAAAGCGCAGCCUAGAGAACGAAUUGAAUAAUCUGAGGGACCAGCUCGAGGAUCUGAGGAAGAAGAACCAUAAUUCCCAGAUCUCCAAUGAGAAGAACAUCCAGCUACAGAGACAACUCGAGGAGGCCCACACCGUGCUGCAGGCUGAGCAGGAGGCGGCAGCACGGCUGAAGAAGAGUCAGACGGAGGCACAGAAACAGGCUCAGAGCCUGGAGGUCGGCCUCAGGGAGAUGCAGGAAAAGUGCAGCCAGCUUGAAAACGGCAAGAUGGAGCUGGAGAAGCAGCUGAUGGGGCUGCAGGCCGAGCUGGCGGAGGAGAGCAGAGACCAUAACCUCCGGACAGAAACUAUAGCUGACCUGCAAGGACGUAUCUCUGGCCUGGAAGAGGAGGUGAAGGAGGUGAAGUCAUGUCUCUCCAAGGUCCAGGCUGAAAAGGAGCAGCUCCAUGAAAAGCUCAAUGAUCUCGAGAAGGAGAAGAGCAACCAAGAGAUUGACUUGACGUUCAAGCUGAAGUCGCUCCAGCAGAGUCUGGAGCAAGAAGAGGCCGAACACAAGGCCACCAAAGCCAAGCUCGCAGAUGAAAACAAAACCUACCAGACCAUCGAGGAGUCUAAGUCUGAGGCCUUAAAAGACAUGGAGAGCAACCUGCAGGAGGAGCGCAGCAUGAAGCUGCAGAUGGAGGGAAAGCUGCUGCAACAAGAGAAGGACCACUCCAUGCUGGACUGCGACUACAAGCAGGCGCAGCACCAACUGGACGAGCUGCAUGCACAGAAGGAGAAACUUUGUGAAGAGGUAAGGAGCCUGAGCUUGCGUCUGGAGCAGGAGAUUCACAAGCGGAGCAUGAGCCAGAGCGAUCUCAAGAUGCAGAACCAGCAGGUGUUGGUGCUCGGCUCCUCAGAGAAACAGCUCAAACAGGAGCUCAACCACCUGCUGGACAUGAAGCAAGUCCUGGAGAAAAGCAACCAGGCGCUACGCAGGGAGAAGCUGGAGGCUGGUGGCCAGCUGAAGGAACUGAAAGACCAACUGGAGGCUGAGCAGUAUUUCACAACCCUUUACAAGACGCAGAUUCGUGAGCUGAAGGACGAGUGUGAUGAGAGGAAUAAGCUGUUCACAGAGGUGCAUCUACGACUGGCCGAAUAUCACGAUGAGAGGGAUUCUAUGACAGCCCAGCUGGAAGCCAGUUUGACCAAAGCUGACUCAGAGCAGCUGGCUCGCUCCAUCGCCGAGGAGCAGUACUCCGAUCUGGAGAAGGAGAAGAUCAUGAAGGAGCUGGAGAUCAAAGACAUGAUGGCAAGACACAAACAGGAGCUCCGCGACAAGGAGGCCACCAUCAACUCGCUGGAAGAGUCCAAUCGCACUCUGACGGUGGAUGUGGCCAACCUGGCCAGCGAGAAAGAGGAGCUCAACAAUCAGCUGAAAAACAUGCAGCAACAGCUCCAGAAAGCCAAGGAGGAGGAGAAGCAGAUGAACUCGCUUAAACUGUCCUUUGAAAAGCUGCUGCAGAAUGAAAGGACACUCAAAAUUCAGGCCAUUAACAAGUUGGCCGAGGUGAUGAACAGGAGGGAGACGGUGCGAGGAGGCCACCGAAGCAUCGACACGGGGGUGCACAGGAAGGAGAAGGAGAACAGGAAGCUGCAGCUGGAGCUGAGAACGGAGAAGGAGAAGCUCAACAGCACCAUGAUCAAGUACCAGAGAGAGCUGACGGAUAUGCAGGCGCUGAUUGCGGAGGAGAACCAGGUGCGUCUGGAUCUUCAGAUGACGUUGGCCAGCAAAGACAGCGACAUCGAGCAGCUCCGAUGCCAGAUCACUUCCCUCAGCGUCCACUCUCUGGACUCGACGAGCAUCAGCAGUGGCAACGACCUGGACAUGGGUGACGGGUACCCAGUACGCAUUACUCACUCUCACACCUCCGAAUCAAUGUCCUUCACCUAUCAGCGCACACACAAAUCUGUCUGCAUCGACACCCGGCCCAGACUUUCCUCUGCUCACACUCUCUUCGACUCUGAGGAUGAGGAUGAGGAGGAAUGUGACGGGCAGGUGGAGCGGGGCCACCGUCCCCUGGUACUCACUGAGCCCCCUGAGGCUGCAUCUGCAGACUCGAGGCUCGAGGGCUGGAUUUCGCUUCCGAGCAAGAACACAAAGCGGUUCGGCUGGGACAAAAAAUAUGUCGUUGUGAGCAGCAGGAAGAUCCUGUUCUAUAACAGCGAGCUGGACCGAGAGCAGGCCAACCCUUUCAUGACCCUGGACAUCGAUAAGCUGUUUCACGUCCGACCUGUCACUCACACUGACGUGUACCGUGCAGAUGCCAAAGAGAUUCCAAGGAUAUUCCAGAUCCUGUAUGCCAAUGAAGGCGAGAUUAAGCGUGAACAGGAGCUGGUCGUGGAGCCCGUGGCGUACAGUGAUCGUCCCUCCUACAUCGGCCACAAGGGUCACGAGUUCAUCCUGACUCUGUACCACUUCCCCUCCAGCUGUGAGGCCUGCACUCGGCCCCUGUGGCACAUGUUCAGGCCCCCGCCGGCCCUCGAGUGCCGCCGCUGCCACACCAAGUGCCACAAAGAUCACCUGGACCGAAAGGAGGAAGUCAUCGUGCCAUGCAAGGUGAACUACGACAUGUCCACUGCCAAAGAUCUGCUGCUGCUGACCAACUCUCAGGAGGAGCAGCGGCGCUGGGUCAGCCACCUGCUCAAACGCAUCCCCAGGAAACACCCGACGUUGAGUCCUUCCUCCGCGGCACUAAACAACCUUCCGGAAGCAACGUCACGUUCCUCUCCUCGAGGCUCCCCGCGAACUUCACCCAGGGGUUCGCCUCAUAUGUCCUCCCACCGCGGCGCCAUCAAGAUCCAGGCUAGCAGACAGCCACAACCGUCAGGGAAAACAAGCACUGGCCCCAUGCUCCGUAUCAUCCUCCACUGACCUUUGACCUCUGACCCAUCAUUCUAAUGUCUCUCAUGCUGGGAGACUUUAACCCUGGCUAAUCAAAGAUGUGUCUUUUCAUCCUUGUGGAGUCCUGCGUGCGGUCUGGAAGCAGUGCCUACAUGUGUUAUUUCUUCAGGGAAGUAGACUGAAAAGCAAACGACGCUAAUCACGGACAGAAGCAUUCAUAGAAACUGGCAGUUGUCAUGAGAACAGGGGCCGACUGUCAUUUUAAGAAGAAGACAAUGAGCAUUCAUAUUAGAGUGAGACUUUGUCUAAAAGGAAAAAAACACUGUGAUUUUAAACUGCCUUAUUUUAUAACCAUCAUGAGAAAAACAUGGACUUUUUAUUCUGUCAGAGGCGGUGACUCACAUGGAUUUGUUUGAGGUGUUUGGCAUGUGUGUGUGAACAUUUGUAUAUAGGAUCAAGAAGUCUGUGUAUUGUAACACAGAAAGUGUAGCUUAUAGUUAUGAUUGUUCUAUUUUUAUGGUUAUAAGUCAGCAGCACAUUUGAAUAGUAUAUGCUUGUCUUUUAAAUGAAUACAGUUUUCAUUACAUAAAGUGGAUUUAUUACCACAUAAGACAGAAUAAUGUGAAUUGAACAAAAACAAUGUGCUUUCUAUUCGCCAUUAAUGAGAACUUAAAAUAAAUUCUCUGACCCAGAAAAUUGUUUCAAUUCAUGUUUCAUUCAUUGUUUAUAUGAAUUCAAAAUGUUGGCAUUGUAUCAAUAUAUAAAAAAAGCAUGAGAAAGAU